CACCACUACACCAGUGCACGCAGCACAAGUCGCUAGCCAAGCCUGGGAAGCCAGAGAAGUAGAAGCGCAAGCUACCUAGAGCUCGCGCGCGCGCGCGGUUGCCUAGCUGCCAUGGAGAAUCCGUACACGACCUUCCUCAAGAACUACCACCAGCAACGCUACUACUUCCCCGUCACGCCGGUGCCUCCGCCGCCAGUGCCGUUGAUGACGGCGCCUGCCUACUCCUCCAGCCCCUUCUUCUCCCCGCCGGCUCCUCCUGCUCCGCCGUCGUCCCCUCCGCUGCGGGAAGCCCUGCCCCUCCUCUCUCUCGCCCCCGGCUCGCGCAGGUCGCGGGAUCAGCGGCGCGGCCGCGGCCCGGAUGACUCCGACGACGGCGACGACGACGUCGACGAGGAGCAUGGGGAGGAGGGGAAACAGGCGCCGGGCCCGGCCGCGAGCAGUGACCUGCACCACAAUCAGCAGCUAUCGGGACGGCGGCUCUUCGCGGACCUCAACUCGAAGGCGGUCGACGACCCGAUGGACUCGGAGGCGGGCGGCGCGGCGGGGGACGUGACGGUGGCGCUGCGUAUAGGCCUGCCGAGCGCCGGCACCGCCGCCGACCUCAUAUCCGGGAUCUCGGCCCCAGCUACGGCGGCGAGGGAUGACGAGGAUGAAGAUGAGGACCGCGUUAGCAGGGAGCUGAGCGGCGGGGAAGACGACGGCGAGAGCGAGGCGGCCGUGGCGCCGGUGCUAGGGUUCGCUUCGACGCCGAUCGGGCGGCUGAACAAGGGGCAGUACUGGAUCCCGACGCCGUCGCAGAUCCUCAUCGGCCCGACGCAGUUCUCCUGCCCCGUCUGCUUCAAAACCUUCAAUCGAUACAACAACAUGCAGAUGCACAUGUGGGGGCACGGGUCGCAGUACCGGAAGGGCCCGGAGUCGCUGCGUGGCAUCCAGCCGACGGCGAUGCUGCGGCUGCCGUGCUACUGCUGCGCGCCGGGGUGCCGGAACAACGUCGACCACCCGCGCGCCAAGCCGCUCAAGGACUUCCGCACCCUGCAGACGCACUACAAGCGCAAGCACGGCCUCAAGCCCUUCCUCUGCCGCCGCUGCGGCAAGGCCUUCGCCGUCAAGGGCGACUGGCGCACCCACGAGAAGAACUGCGGCAAGCUCUGGUACUGCCUCUGCGGCUCCGAGUUCAAGCACAAGCGCUCCCUCAAGGACCACGCCAGAGCCUUCGGACAGGGCCACGGCGCGCUCGGCGGCGCCGGGCUCGACGACGAUGACGACUGUGCCAUCUCCGACGUCGACCACGACGGUGGCGCCGCCGCCGCCGCCGCCAGGUCGCUCUGAGCCUCUGAGUCACUCUCACCGAUCGGUGUGGCCGUGCUUAUGUGCCGCCGUGCCGUCCCGAAUGCACAAAAGGUGCUAGCUGUAUGCACAUCUGAACCACUCUGUGUAUACAAGUCCGAAAACAUUCGGCGGCGACUUGCUCUUUGAUUUGGUUGCUCUUCUCUUCGCUUUGCAACAGUACCUUUUCCCAGAGCCCAUCUUGCAUAUCUCGCUUGUAUAUUAGCUAGGAUGAGACCUCAAUCAAUCGAUCAUGGAAAUGUUUCAACAUUUUAUUAGCA